UUUAUCAUAUCUGAAACAUAUGGUCAGCCUCUCUCCAACACUCACGGUUACCAAAUUCAUCAGAACCAAAGGGCGAAAAUGUUGAUGAACAUAAUGCGGCAACAGAUAAGGCAAUAUAUAUUUUUUGGCUUUUGGAGCCAUUGGAUCUAUCUGCAAUUCCUGUCUCCACUCGGUCAUGAAGUGCCUUCUACCGAGUUCUCCUUUCUCAUUCUGCUCCACCAUAAGCACAAGAUGUGUAGGCUACCAGCACACCUUCAUUUUUCAUACGCAGGAAUCUGGAUUAUACAGAAAGAGAUGGGAGAAAACUGGAUCCUGUGGAGCUGUUCAAUAUGGAGCAGAGGAUGUAGAGUUUUCAGAAGGUUUGCCGGAGGGAAAGCGCAACGGCUCUUCAUUUGGAACAGUGGACGCUGAAAUAACUCAGGAAACAGUAGAUUUCUUUGUCAGUGAUGCAGAGGGAGAUCCGGACCGCCCUUCAGAAGGUUAUUCAUCCAUUGCUGAAGCUAUCAGAGCUUUAAAACAAGGAAAGUUUGUGAUUGCUGUAGAUGAUGAAAAUGGUGAGGAAGAAGGUGAUCUUAUAAUGGCAGCAGCUCUUGCAAGCACAAAGGCCAUUGCUUUCAUGAUUAAGCAUGGAUCCGGCAUUGUAGCGGUGGGAACGGAGGAGGAGGACCUGGAGAGACAUGUUAUUCCGUUGAUGUCUCCCAUUACUGGAGCUGAGUGCCCUUCAGCUGCAGCUUAUGCAGUCAUGGUGGAUGCGAGAACAGGCACUUCAACCGGAGCAUCACCAGAAGACAGAGCAGGAACAAUUGCUGAACAUUCUUCUCUUCACUCUAAGCCAGAAGAUUUCAGAAGACCUGACCAUCUCCUUUCUCUCAAGUACAGCAAAGGUGGCGUUUUGGAGAGAGCUCGCCUCACUGAGGCAUCAGUUGAUUUGGUAGUGUUAGCAGGGUUGCGCCCGGUGUCCCUGUUGUCCGCCAUUAUUGAUCCAGCUGAAGGUUCCAUGGCAAAGUUUCCAUUUUUGAAGAAAUUUGCGAAAGAAUUUGGUUUACCAAUUACAUCAAUCACUGAUCUGAUAAGAUACAGAAGGAAGCGCGAGAAGUUAGUAGAAAAAAUUGCUGUCUCUCGCUUGCCAACCAAAUGGGGCUUGUUUCAGGCUCAUUGCUACAGAUCAAAGUUAGAUGGAACAGAGCAUAUUGCUGUCGUAAAGGGUAAAAUUGGAGAUGGGCAGAAUGUUCUGGUGAGAGUGCAUUCUGAAUGUCUGACAGGAGAUGUGCUCGGGUCAGCUCGGUGUGACUGUGGCAACCAACUGGAUGCAGCCAUGCGGCUGAUCGAGAAGGAAGGCAGAGGUGUUGUUGUUUAUCUUCGGGGACAUGAAGGCAGAGGAAUUGGUCUGGGAGACAAGCUUCGGGCUUAUAAUCUGCAGGACCUUGGCCAUGACACUGUUCAGGCUAAUCUGGAGCUUGGCUUAGCUGUUGAUGCAAGAGAGUAUGGACUUGGGGCGCAGAUACUAAGGGACAUUGGCGUCCAAACCAUGCGAUUAAUGACGAAUAAUCCGGCCAAAUUCACCGGCCUUAAGGGCUAUGGCCUCGCGGUAGUCGGCAGGAUUCCUAUCAUCACCCCAAUUACCAUGGAAAAUCAGAGAUAUUUGGAAACCAAGCGAAUCAAAAUGGGCCACGUGUAUGGUUCUGAUUUACCUGGGUGUUCCCCAGGAAUUCUGGAGCCGGACGUCGAAAAUUCAGAUUUGACAGAACAAUAAUUGACAGACGACACUUAUUCUUUGUUAAUCAUUGAUAACAUUUCGGGAGAUGUAUAAUUGGCAAAUUUGUAAGAAUAUUUUGGUAA